GUACGAGAAGUAGUUAUUUUAUGCGUCCGGGAAGGAUGCAGUCCCGUUGUUUUCUCCAUAAAAAAUCAGCCACUAGAUCGUCCUGAAGGAGCGAAAAAUGAUAUUGUGUUGAACACAUAAGCUUUCUUGAAUUACUGAAAAUCUGUACGUUUCCGUUUGUUGGAUUAUGGAUAAAAUUCUUCGUGGGUUCUUCUGCCUACCGCAGAUCAUUGUACCAGUUGUGUUACUUGCAUGCAUAAAUUCAGUCGGAUGUUCGUCACAUGAAGAGCACAGUAAUGGGGUGCAGCGUUACCGGCGACAGGCUCCCAUCCGCUAUUCAUCAUCAGAAUAUGAUGACAACUAUUUUGAGAAGAAUGUUCGCGCUGUGUAUGCACCGGGCGGAAAUGCGUGCGCUUACGGAAAUUUACGAGGAUCAUAUCAAAAUCGGAUGAACUACAAAGCGCGUACCGGUGGCUACCUGAACCGGAUAAACAACCGGCAGUACGACUACGGUAACACCAGGGAUCGCUCCAAAUACAAUUCCGGACGUUAUGCUGACUACCCAUCGCUCUACGGCAACAAUACGCACAACGGGAAUUACGACGACCAGUACUCAUAUAGAAAUCUCACCAAGGAUUACCCGCAACGCUCUUCUUAUAAGAAAAAUGACUACUAUGAUUCAUCCGACCGAUCCCCAUACAAGCCACGUGAAUACGGAAGACAGUCCUCGCCCCGAUACCGGUAUGACGACUACACCUACCCGGAUACGUGUCCACAAUGUCCGCAGUGUCCGGCGACAUGUCCCUCCACGAGCACCAUGGCCAGUAGUAGUGCGGCUACACCGGCACCGGAUGAUGAUGACCAGUCCAGCUCGCCGGCGCCCAUAUCCGGCGUUGACUCCAACGGGCUACUGGUGCUGCCGUCCGAUUGCGAUUUACAAUCGCCAACGAAUGACUGCUACCUGAAGAAACAGUCAACGCCAUUCCGCUGUACACAGGAUCAGUGCGCCCAGACGAAAGCCGCGCAACAGAAUUCUGGCGUCAAAAUAUUCGCUCCCAGCAGUGUGACGGUAUCACAAUGUGUUUUCCGGAAAUAUGAUACUUUACUCUUUACAUAUAACGUCUGUCAAAUCCCGCAAGCCAAGCCCUUUAAUCUGAACGAUGUCAGCAAAGGCUUUGCAUGUGGUGGAGUGGACACCGAUUGCUUCAAACCCAGACCGACCUCUGUGUCCAUUUCCGAAGUGAAAAAAUGCGGAGUCAACCUAUCAUCCGCCACGGCACCUUUUACACUGCAGUGUACACUGUCGCUUUCGGAUGGCUCCAAUGUCUUGGAUGCCGCUGUUAUCAACAUAACGGUGCUUCCAGAUUGCCGAUGCUGAGCAGUUUCAUGGCUUCUGAAAGACGGACAACAAAAACGGACGGACGGCAAAAACGUUUUCUUGCAAUAUCGCUGUCUGAUGUAACAAUUUUGAAGAAGGUUUUAAUUAUGGUAGCGCGUAUAUAACAAAGUCUACCCAGCAUUAUCAACAGGUUUUACUAAAAUUGGUGUGUGGAAAAAAUUGAAUAAUGUCGAGUCUACGUCAUUUUAACACGCCCACGGAAUCACAUAUACUGUAUCUACUUAUAAAUUUAAGAUUGCAGAUAAAUGCUCGGUUUCACCUUUGCAUCGUUUCCACUGUACUUGU